CGAUCAAUAAAGUUCUUGGAGUUAUAUUAUAUUAAUUCAUGACUAAUCUAUCGAUUCAAUAAUCAUGCGCACAUUUCCGUUACAUGGAUUUGCGGAUAUCCGCUUGUAUGCCAGCCGGGAAUUAUUAUUAUUUUUUAUCGAUUUGACGUUCUGUUAAAACCGCGCUCUAAAUAGUGUUUUUUAACUUGCUAAUUUGGCUAGUGCAUCAGAGAUCUAAAGGGAAGGUUUUGACUAGAUAAAAGCUGUCACAAUUUAAAACGGAAGCGAUGUGACGUGCUCAAAGUAGCACAUCUUAGAUGUAUUUCACCAGAAAAGGCAUUGAUAUGUGUAUAUGUCGGCUAUACAAAGCAGUACUCCGAUACAACAACGGCAGCAUGUUAAACCACAUCAAAAACAAGCACCCAGCCAUCGUAACAGAAGCUUUGGGUGGUAAAUCAAAAACGACCGUCGGGUCGUUGAAGUACAGCAAAAGAGAAGCUGCAAUAAAGGAAGAGAAGACCCUUUCCAAGAAGAGCACACAUGAGGAUGAGGAAGAUGAGCCAUGCCCUAAAAGAGGGAUGUCAAAGCAAGAACCCAAUACUUCAGAGAUAGCCUUGACAGAAGGUGGAGCUCCAGAGCAGUUUGGGUUUCAGUAUGGACUUGAGGGACCAACAUUUAAGAAUGAGAAUGGGGAGUCCUCCAAGAGCCAUCUGUCCAUCAUCAAAGUAGAACAACUGGACUCCCUCCUCCCAGACCAAACAGACUCCAGCUGUGGUUCAGGGUCGCCUGGGGAUUCGGGGCCUCCUGGCUCGUCUGGUUCUGGGUCCAAUUCUAGUCCGGCUUCACAGUUUUUCAGGAAGUGCCACCAGGCAGGCUGCACACAAUUCAUCUUCUCGGAGUUCGCCUCCCGUCUCAGCACCAUCACUGAGAGGAUCGCAUCCCAGCAGGCCAGCGAGGAAGAUUUCAACCUCACCCUGAAAGUGCUGGAAGCCUCUGGGAUGCUGCCAGAGAUCUUUACCAAAAGAGACCAAGAAAUGGAGAAGAGACUGAGGGAGCUACAGAGAGAGACUGUAGCGGUGAGGACAGCCAGGUCUGCCAUGAGAGAUGCUUGCGUCAUGAGCUUCACCUCAUCAUGACGGAGCACCGCUGAAGAUCAAAGCGGUUUUAUAAGGCGUUAUAACCAGGGCCUGGAGUUUCUGACAUCUUGACUGAAUCAAAUCAAAUGUAUUUAUAUAGCCCUUCGUACAUCAGCUGAUAUCUCAAAGUGCUGUACAGAAAUGCAGGUGUAGAAGCACGGUGGCUAGGAAAAACUCCCUAGAAAGGCCAAAACCUAGGAAGAAACCUAGAGAGGAACCAGGCUAUGAGGGGUGGCCAGUCCUCUUCUGGCUGUGCCGGGUGGAGAUUAUAACAGAACAUGGCCAAGAUGUUCAUAAAUGACCAGCAUGGUCAAAUAAUAAUAAUCACAGUAGUUAUUGAGGGUGCAGCAAGUCAGCACCUCAGGAGUAAAUGUCAGUUGGCUUUUCAUAGCUGAUCAUUAAGAGUAUCUCUAACGCUCCUGCUGUCUCUAGAGAGUUGAAAACAGCAGGUCUAGGACAGGUAGCACGUCCGGUGAACAGGUCAGGGUUCCAUAGGCGCAGGCAGAACAGUUGAAACUGGAACAGCAGCACGGCCAGGUGGACUGGGGACAGCAAGGAGUAGUCAUGCCAGGUCGUCCUGAGGCAUGGUCCUAGGGCUCAGGUCCUCCGAGAGAGAGAAUUAGAGAGCAUACUUAAAUUCACACAGGACACUGGAUAAGACAGGAGAAGUACUCCAGAUAUAACAAACUGACCCUAGCCCCCUGACACAUAAACUACUGCAGCAUAAAUACUGGAGGCUGAGACAGGAGGGGUCAGGAGACACUGUGGCCCCAUCCGAUGAUACCCCCGGACAGGGCCAAACAGGAAGGAUAUAACCCCACCCACUUUGCCAAAGCACAGCCCCCACACCACUAGAGGGAUAUCUUCAGCCACCAACUUACCAUCCUGAGACAAGGCCGAAUAUAGCCCACAAAGAUCUCCGCCACGGCACAACCCAAGGGGGGGCGCCAACCCAGACAGGAAGAUCACGUCAGUGACUCAACCCACUCGAGUGACGCACCCCUCCUAGGGAUGGCAUGGAAGAGCGCCAGUGACUCAGCCCCUGUAAUAGGGUUAGAGGCAGAGAAUCCCAGUGGAGAGAGGGGAUCCGACCAGGCAGAGACAGCAAGGGCAUUUAGUUGCUCCAGAGCCUUUCCGUUCACCUUCACACUCCUGGGCCAGACUACACUCAAUCAUAUGACCCACUGAAGAGAUGAGUCUUCGGUAAAGACUUAAAAGUUGAGACCGAGUCUGCGUCUUUCACAUGGGUAGGCAGACCAUUCCAUAAAAAUGUAGAUCUAUAGGAGAAAGCCCUGCCUCCAGCUGUUUGCUUAGAAAUUCUAGGGACAGUUAGGAGGCCUGCGUCUUGUGACUGUAGCGUACGUGUAGGUAUGUACGGCAGGACCAACUCGGAAAGAUAGGUAGGAGCAAGCCCAUGUAACGCUUUGUAGGUUAACAGUAAAACCUUGAAAUAAGCCCUUGCCUUAACAGGAAGCCAGUGUAGGGAGGCUAGCGCUGGAGUAAUAUGAUACAAUUAGGAAGGUAUAGGACCUGGAGUAUCCCAUGGUCCAAUCCCCUCGUCAGGAAAAACAGAUCCUCCUUUUAACCGAAAUGUAAAUAUUUCAAACCUUUUGUAUUUGACAUAUUUUUCUACCCAUGUUCAACCUUUAACUCUGUGAUAUUUGACUCUAUGAUAUCUGAACUCUGUGACAUUUGAAUGCAGUUUUUCACCCUGACCACUAACUUGAGUGGCAUGUUAUACAUUAAAUUAGUAAUUGGUAAUAUAAUCUUUUGACAGACAUUGGUUCUGAGGUUAUUGGUGAUGUUAGUAGGUGAUUCUUAGUCUCCCUCUGUACUGUAUAUUAUAUGCUCACUAACCCUUAACAGACUUAAUAUAUACUGAAUGUGCAAAUUAGUAGAUCAAAUGUUUUAUUAACGGUUACUAUGUCCACUAGUACUAUAAGAUUAAUUAUUUAGAAUACACUGUAAUAUAGUAUACUUGAGAGUAAAGUUGAGACCUGUGACCUUCUGGGAAUGAAUUAAACUUGUUAUGUAAA